AUGGCCUUCCUCCAGCACUUCUCUGGGCCGGCCAGCCUGGUCAUGCUCGCACUGGCCCUCCUGCUCGCCGCCGUCGUCCAUGGGCACACGUGGCGCACGAAGAGAAGCAGCCUUCCCCUCCCCCCCGGGCCACCGGCAGAGCCGAUCCUAGGCCAUCUGCGAAUCAUUCCGCCCUACAACCCCGAGUACAGAUACAUGCAAUGGUCGAAGGACUAUGGCUCUGAUAUUCUAUCGCUCAGCGUCCUCGGCCAGCCCGUCAUCGUCCUAAACUCGGUCCGUGCCGCCGUCGACUUGCUGGCCAAGCGAGGCGCCAACUACUGCGACAGGCCACGCUUCGUCCUUUUCGAGGUCAUGGGCUGGGUCAAGACGCUGACGUUUUUGCGAAACGGGCCCGAGUUCCGCAUCCACCGUAGCAUUCUGCAAAAGAGUUUUCGCGAGAGCAGCAUCCGCCAGUACCAAGGCCUGCAAGAGCGCGAGACCACCGUCCUGCUCAGGGGCAUCCUCAACACACCGGCCAAGUGGGAAACGGUUCUGCGACGAUUCGCCACCGCCGUCGUCCUUGGAAUCGGCUUCGGUAUCAAGAUCGAGAGGGACGAUGACCCCUUCAUCCAGAUCGCCGCCGACGCCAGCUACGCCCUCGGCCAUGGCGGUGUGCCGGCCGGCACCCCGGUCGACUUCUUCCCCUUUCUCAAGGUGCUGCCGCGUUUCUUCCAUGACCGGUCACUCAAGUUCGCCGCCGACUGGAGAGGGGCGAUCCGCGCGCUGCAUGAUAAACCGUUCGAUGCCGUCAUGGCGUCCAAGGAGAGGACGCGGUCGCUGAUGCAGCAAAUGCUGGACCAGAGGGACGCUCAGAUCGGACGGGGAGAGAAGCCGGAACUAUCGCACGAAGAUAUCAAAGGGGCCGCCGCCACCGUCUUCGCUGCCGGCCAAGACACCAUCUACGCCACCCUCGUCGUCUUCCUCCUCAACAUGAUUCUGCAUCCCGACGUGCAGACCAAGGCGCGGCGCCUCAUCGACGAGGUUGUCGGUCGUGACAGAGUCCCCUCUUUCCAGGACAGGCCGCGACUUCCGUACAUUGAUUUGAUUGUUCAGGAGACGCUGCGAUGGUGUCCCGUCUCGCCCCUCGGCGUCCCCCACCGCUCACUGGAGGACGACGUCUACGACGGUUACUUCAUUCCCGCCGGAUCCCUCGUGUACGCGAACGCGCGGGCGAUGACCCAUGACGAGUCGACCUAUGCCGACCCCGAAAACUUCAAUCCUGAUCGGUACGUCUCCCGCAAGGAAGGCGGCCUCGGAGAGCCGUUCCCGAUCGGCCAGUUUGGAUAUGGUCGAAGGGUGUGCAUUGGCAAGCAUCUGGCCGAGGCGAGCGUCUGGAUUGUCGUUGCCUCCAUUCUCAGCACCAUGAAUAUCGAAAAGGCGAGGGACGAGAGGGGUCGUGAUAUCGAGCCAAAGGUGGAGUUCACGUUUGGCCUGACGAGCCACCCGAAGCCGUUUCCUUGUCGAUUCGUGCCGAGGGAUGAGAGGGCGGCGCAGGUCGUACGCCAAUUUGCACAUGUACAUGAAUAA